ACAACUGAUUGGCAAUAAGUGUUUGAAUGAUUCAAAAAUAGCGCCCAAAGUGUUGGCAGUGUUUGAGUGUUGUGUUGGAGAGAGAGUUGUCGUCGAGUCGUAAGUCGUGUCACAUUUGGUUCACAAAAAGCGCCGACACUUUGAAUGCGUCCGUAAUUUAGGCAUUGAUUUGCGUUCAAAACCAUUGAUUCACUCAUCGAUUGAGACAUUAAGACAUUGUCUCUCAUUGUCGCACAUCUCCAUCACUGGACUCUUCAUUUGAUUCACCAAAAGUAAUCGAUUCAAUCGUUUGGACUCAAGAUGUUUGUCGAGUCGUUAGGUUUCGGCGAUUUGGCCAAAAUGUCCAAAAGGCAGUUGUUAUAUCAAGUGCUCAACUUCGGGAUGAUUGUGUCCUCAGCGCUGAUGAUCUGGAAGGGACUGAUGGUCGUCACCGGCAGUGAGUCUCCCAUCGUUGUCGUCCUCAGCGGAAGUAUGGAACCGGCUUUCCAUAGGGGAGACCUCCUCUUCCUCACCAACUAUAAAGAGGAUCCCAUAAGAGUGGGUGAUAUCGUUGUGUUCAAAGUGGAGGGACGGGACAUACCUAUCGUUCAUCGAGUGCUUAAACUUCACGAAAAAGACGACGGUUCGGUCAAGAUAUUGACAAAAGGGGACAAUAAUUCUGUGGACGACAGAGGACUGUACGCUCCCGGACAGCUCUGGCUCCAGAAGAAGGACAUUGUGGGCCGCGCCAGAGGUACGCUGUGUUGGGUUGUCUCGGAUUAUUUGUUUUGGUUCACAGAGAGUGAGUCCCAAACGGCCUGUCCUUCCGAAAUAGUGCCGCAAAAGCAUUAAUUUAAUUAUUAAAUUGAUUAUUAUAUAUAAGUAUUGUAUGUAAUAAGAGAUUAUAUACACUAUCUAUACAUUAAUUAUAAAUACAUUUUCCAUACAAUCCUUCAAA